UCCUCUCCCCUCACACCCAAAAAGCAGAAGAAAAGAAUUAAAAGGAAGCAAAGAAAAGCUUUAAAAGAGACUAUCUAUUGAAAAUAAAAAAUAAAAAAUCAUUUGUGCAAAAUUCUCUUUAAGUGACUGAUUCCCACUGUUAGAUAGCCACAAGAAAAGAAAAGAAAAGAAAAGAGAAAAAAGACCCUUCUCUUUCACCAUUCUCUACCUCUUUCUCAGAUAUUGAUCUCCAUCAAUUUCUACAAAGCUCUCCCUUCUUAUUCUCCCUCUCAAAUAUGAAAGACUCGUAGAGAGAGAGAGAGAGAGAGUGACAAAAUCACACACAAAUUACUAGCCAUGAAGAACACCAUAAGGUGUUGUAUCUCUUGCAUUCUACCAUGUGGAGCUCUUGAUGUAAUUCGAAUAGUACACUCUAAUGGUCGGGUAGAAGAGAUCAGUGGCACAAUCCGUGCAAGUGAGAUCAUGAAAGCAUAUCCAAAACAUAUCUUGAAAAAGCCCUCUUCACCUUCUGAUGAUGGGUUUGUUCCAAAGAUUGUUAUAGUCCCACCAGAUGCAGAGCUACAACGUGGAAAAAUUUAUUUCUUGAUGCCAGCUCCACCAACACAAGAAACCAAGAGUUCUCGAUCAUCAAAAGGUUCAGGUAUGAGAAAGAAAAGAAGAGAGAUUAGUAUUAACAACAGAAGUACUGAAAGCAACAACUCAAGCCAUAUCGUUACCAACUCCAUUUCAUUGACAACGAACCUUCUCAUUUCUGAUCAAUAUUUGAGUGAGAUUCUAUCAGAGAAGCUAUCAACACAGAGAGAUCGAAGAAGAGGCCGUGCUGGUGUGUGGAGACCUCAUUUAGAAAGUAUAACAGAGGCGCCACAUGAUGCAUAAAAGAGGGUUGAAAUGUCAAGUUAUAUUGAGUUCUCGUUUACUUUUUUUUUUUGGUGAUUCAUUUUAGAGGUUCUUUUGAUUUUCAUUAGAGUUCAUCAAGAACUCCCUUCUUAUUCAAAUUUUAUCUUCUUUCAAUUUGCUUCUUUCUUAAUGUAUAUAGAGGCAUAUAGAGAAAAAGAAAAAAUAAUGCAAAAGUCGGGGGUUCAGUCACAGUUUGGAAAUUGUGGAGAGAGAUGAUGAUCAUAUCCUGAACAGUUGUGGUGGGAUCUUGAUUGGUAUCAUACCAUUAAAGGCCGUAUGCAAGCUUUGAGCUUCAUUUAAGUGUGGCUUUCAUGCUCUACAGAACAAUAUUUCCUGGAAGCUAUAAUUCCGUAGUCUUGGGAGACGGAAGAAUUAAGAGGUGCAAGCAAAUUUUCUUUCGAGUUCAGUACUUAAUUUUGCUGUUGUUGAUAGAUAGAGAUCCCACUUCUACUGUGCAGUACCUGGCAUUGUACCUAUCGAAUUUAAGAAUGAUUGUGAUAUAGAUGAUGAUUAUAUAUUACACUACAACUGAAAACCUUCAGCUACAAUUCUGCUCA